CUGGUCUUCAGUGCGCAGGCGCUAGACUUGGGAACGCGGGAAAAUCAGAAAUGUCUUUGCCGUGAAUUCCUCGAAUUAUUUGUAUAAAAACCCAGAAAAUUUAGACCAAGAUGGGAAUACAAGGGCUCCUACCGUUCCUGAAGGACGCCAGCACCCAAGUCAACGUGAAAAUGUUGGCAGGCUACACGGUUGCUGUGGACGCCUACUGCUGGAUUUACCGUGGCGCAUUUGCCUGUGCCAUGGAUCUUGCGAGAGGCGAUAAAUCGGACAUGUACGUGAAGUUUGUUCUGAAGUACGUCAACAUGCUCCUGUCCCACGGCAUCAAGCCCGUCAUCGUGUUCGACGGGUGCAACCUCCCGUCCAAACAGGGUGUGGAGGACUCGCGCAGGGAGAGGAAACAGCUGUACCUACAGAAGGGCAAACAGUUCCUGAGGGACGGCAACACGGCACAGGCAAGAGAGUGCUUCCAGAAGUGCAUCAACGUGACACCACAGAUGGCUCAUGAGGUGAUGGAGGCCUGUCGCGCCCUCGGAGUGGACUGUAUCGUGGCGCCCUACGAGGCCGAUGCUCAACUGGCAUACCUAAACAAGUGUGGGAUAGCACAGGCCGUGAUCACAGAGGAUUCGGAUCUCCUGGCGUUCGGCUGUGAUCGUGUGAUCUUCAAACUGGACCUGAACGGCAACGGGACGAUGAUCGAGAAACACCGCCUGUCGCAGUGCCUGAAGAUUAAAGCACAAAACUUCACCUUCGACAAAUUCAGGUACAUGUGUAUUCUGUGUGGUUGUGAUUACCUCCCGUCGUUACACGGUAUCGGACCCGCCAAAGCAGCCAAACUUCUCUCCCUGACGAAUCAAUCGGACAUGACAAAAGUUCUGCGUAAGAUCGGAUCCUACCUGAAGUCAAGCAUCGUGGCGCCGACAGAAUACAUCGAGGGUUUCGUGAAGGCAGAUAACACGUUCUUGUACCAGCUGGCGUUCGAUCCCAUGAAGAAAGAGCUUGUACCCCUACACGAGUACCCGCCCGGCGUAAUUUCAACAGACAUGCCUUACGCAGGGGAGUACAAACCAGGGAAGCUUGCUCUAGGCAUGGCACUUGGUAACAUAGACAUCCAUACUGGUGACACCGUACGGGAUUUCAAUCCCCUCACCUACAAACCACCCCCGUCUAGCACGUGGCAUGGUCCAAAAAACGUGACAGCCAGCACGCCACGACAUAAGCUCAGCAUGUGGCAUCCAGACUACAAGACGGGACCAAAGUUUGGCACUCUCAAUCUAAAAGAAGUGAAGACAGCCUUUACCAAGGGUAAGGAAGUGACCGUCCAGGCACCAGCUUUUCUUAAAAAGCCAGAAGCAAAACCACUGGAGCCUACAGAUGUGUGCACGGACAGCGAACUAGCUGCUUUAUAUGGCUCGCCUCCAAACUCAGCAAAGAGAGAAGCGAAGAAAACUUCUGUGUCAGAGAAAGGUGGAAGUUCUAAUCUCAGGAAAAGGUUGGCUAUUAUCAGGCCAGGUAGUUCUGCAGACUCCGCUAGUGGGUCUAUUGUUGUUAGCAGGCAUUUCAAAAACUCGUAUGAACAAGCCGUGAAAGACCUUAAGAGUAAGAACAAUCCUACAGACAAUUCAGAGCAGAAAAAAGACACAUUCCUGGAUAUGAUUGACAAUGACUGUUCGUCAGAAGAACCUUCAAGGUCAGUAGAUGUAGACACUAUUAAUGAUGAGAAAGAAGAGGACUUAAGUUUGGAACCAACUGAGCCAUCCUGGAGGAAGGAACUCCAAAGCUUCCAAAGACAAGGGAAGAUUGGGAACCAGAAUGACAACAGUGCAAAAACGGAAAAGAGAAAGAGGGUUCUUUCAGAAGAGGAUGGAGAAGAGGAGACAAGUAGCCCCGAAAACGAGCCAAAUGUCAACACCCCAGAAGCAUCUAUUGACAGUAGUUUGGUCAAUGCACUUCCCAAGCUAAGUGAAGAGUUGUUCAGUGAGAUACCACACAAAGAAACGCCUAAAAAUCCAUUCAAAGUUGCUACCCCCAAACAGGGCAGUGCUUUCAGUUGGGCAAGGUCUGCUGAGAAACAAAUCACCCUCAAAUCUUCUGUCUCAAGCCUUGGAAGGUUUAAAUAUUCAACUCUGUCUCAAGCUAAGAGAAAGAAGACAUCCCAAGAAGAGGUAAAUAACACGACAAGCUCACAAGAAGAGGUAGACAGCACAAAAACUUCACAAGAAGCGGUAGACAUGACAGGAAGCUCACAAGAAGAGGUGAAGAACUCAACAAGCUCACAAGAGUCGGUUGGUGAAUUGCCAGAGGAAGAAUCGCUGUCAAAAUCACCAGUUGGCAAUAGUUCACUGAAACUUUCCCACGUGAAACAGAGCAUUAGCAGUUUUGAUAAUUGCUCCGUGUAUUCCAUGGAUAGCUUCACUCCGACAGAUAGCCAGAACUCAGGGUCAGCAAGCUUUUCACAAGGCUCACAGUACUUCACUGCCUCAGAAGGGAAUAGCACUCAGGUCUCCACUACUGAAAUGUCCCAAACUUCUGGAGAUACAACCAAAGAAGAAGUCACUGAAAUCAAAGAAGAAUCACAACAGCCAGUGUGUAGUCAAAGCUUGGAAGACAAAAGAUACAGUGAAGAAAAUAACAUCAAAACUUUGAUGAGGGAAAAAGAAAGUGCAAGAAGUCAUGAUGCUUUAGAGCAAGUAUCAUCAUACUUUGAGAAGUCAGCAUUGCCCAGCUUAAGUCAGACUGCCCUGGACCAGAGAGCUGUGGUGCAGGACAUGGGAAGGAGAGCUAUGGAGGAUGGUAUGGGUACACCCAGGAUGGGGAAACCAAGCAGAGGUAAAGUACGCCAGGUGGGGCUAUCUAGACGCUCCUGUCCCAGUCAGACUAAGAGGAAGCGAAACAACGAGAACAGCAGUACCCAGCCGAAGAUCAGUAACUUCCUUCAGCAGUUCAGCCUCAAGAAAGAUCCCAGCCAGAAGAAGAAAGAAGAGCCCAUCAGGAAGCCCAUGUCCCCAUCUAAGGCCAAUGUGGUGAUAGACUGCACUCCAGAGACUGAACCCAGCAUUGCAGUCAGUUUGAAUGGAGCAAAAGUCAAGCGCAACAUUUUUGAUAAUGAAUAGAUAUCACUUACUCUGUAACAAAGUUUCUUGCCUAUUUUUAUUAAUUUUUCUUUUUAAUGUAUGUGUACAUCUGAUUGGAUGUUGAUUAGCAUUUAGAUAGUUUUAUGACUAGUAGUUGACUAGACUGGACCAAUCAGAAUUUUUAUAUCAUCUUAGAACUAGGAACUGCAAGACAGGAAAACCAGAUAUAUUUUGCCUUACUUUAGUAGUGCCUAAGGAUAUUUUGUGAAACAUCAACACAUGUGGCAAUAUGUACUGUGUCGAUAAGUACUGUUUGAUUUUGAUCAUAAGGAAAGAAUCUUGGUACUGUAGUAAAACAUUACAUUGUAGAUUUAACAAAAGAAAAAUAAAGAACUAUCUUCUAUGCUG